AUGCUUAGAUCAUCAGACCCCCCAUUUAUCAGCCCAUUCAUCAAAUUUUUACUUUGCCAAAAAAAUAAACUCAUGAGAUUAGGAUCCACCCUCAAAGCCGCAGCGAUCACCAAAUACAUCAAUAAACUCAUUAUCAACUUCAAUUCAAAAACAUUCACUAAUAGUAAGCGUGAAAGCGAAGCCAUGUGGGAACAAGUUAACAAGAUUAGAGGCUCUGAGAAAUCACUCAACACAUCAACCGUGCAGCAUAUUGAUGCCAACACACUCAACGCCCACUUUGCUUCCAUGUCAACCGACCAGUCCUACAAAAUUCCACCAACAAAAGCUACUGCAAUCAAUAGUCAUCAACACCAACAAUUUACACCAUACUCCGUCCUCCACAUGCUAACGAAGGCUUGCCCAUCCGGUACAGAGGCAUCAAAUUAUUCGACAUCACUCAUCAUAUCACGCAUCAAAUAUGCAGCUCCCUCCUGGUCUGGUUUUGCCACGCAACAACAACUUCAGCAGCUACAAUCUCUCAUCAAAAAAUUAAUUCGCUGCAACUACCUACCUGCAUCAUAUCCUACCAUCACUCAGAUAUUCAACACACUCGAUUCAAGGCUGUUCAAGAAAAUAGAAAAUAACAACAACCACCGCAAACAUAAAUAUCAAGUCGCCGCACAAUCUACAUACCAGGAAAAGACCUUCAUCACAAGACACCUCAAAAAUAUUAGCACUUAA